AUGGGACACAUGUCUUCUGAUUGCAAGCAUAAGGAUGUUAUUUUCUUUAACUGUGGUGCGGAGGAUCAUAUUGAUAGCCAGUGUCAGAAGCCAAAAAAGACAACUGUAGGUGGUAAAGUGUUCGCUUUGUCAGGCACUCAGACAUCUAGUGAAGACAGUCUUGUUAGAGGUACUUAUUUCAUUAAUAGCAUUCCUUUAAUUACUAUUAUUGAUACCGGUGCCACUCAUUAUUUUAUUUCUGAUGAUUGUGUGAAAAGAUUGGGUCUUACUUUGUCUGCUAUGAAUGGAGAAAUGGUUGUCGAACUCCCCGCUAAGGGAACAGUGACUACUUCUGUAGUGUGUUUUAAUUGUCCGUUUUCAAUCUUUGAUAGGGACUUUGUUGUUGAUUUUGUGUGUUUACCGCUUGUCGGUUUGGAUGUGGUUUUGGGUAUGAAUUGGUUGAAACGCAACUACGUUCAUAUCAAUUGUUUUAACAACACGGUGAGAUUUUCUUCUCUCUUGAAGAAGAAGUUGGUUUGUUGA